AUGAUGAGCCGCAGUUCAGGUCGUGCCAGUGCCAGUUGCAGUGCCAGGAGCAGAUGCUGCCCGCUGCUGUUGCUGCUGCUGCUGGGCGUUGUUUUGGCCAGCGGCAGGGCUGUUCACGGCUCGCUGCGUCUGCGCCAAGGCAGCCGCUUGGCCAGCACCACGCCCACCACGGUGGCCACCACCCCUGCCGCGGAGCAGCAGCAGCCACAGCAGUCGGAUCAGUCGGAGACGGCGCCGGCGUCGGUGGAGCCGCAGCAGGAGCAGCCGCUGGCCACCGGCAAGCACAAGCGUGGCAUACUGCAUGGCGCCGCCGGGCACUGGCCCGCCCGCACCUAUGCCUCCCAGUAUGGCUAUAGCUUGCAGCUGCCCGCGGCGGCCACUUUUCUGGCCGCUGCGCCCGCCCACCGCCAUCCUGGCUUCAUCAAGUAUCCGUCUGCCCUGGGCGGCUAUCACAUCAAACAGUUUGCGCCCGCGUCUGCAUUCCUGCCCGCUGCCACAACUGUUCCCGCUCUGCCCGCUGCUGGUGGCAUCGCCUCCGCUGUGGCUGCGCCGCCUUCGUAUGUGCUGCGUCCGGGCAAUGCGGUCGUCUCCUCGUACAGCGUCAACUAUCCGCAUCAGCAUCUGCACCGGCCGCUGAAGCCCCUGCAUUACCAUCAGCCCACCUAUGUCCAGGCUGUCGCUCCUGCUGCUCCCGUUCAACCCAUUCAGCCCGUGCAGCCUGUGCAGCCUGUGCAGCAUGUGCAGCAUGUGGCUGCACUGCAUCCUGGCGUGACCUUUGCCGCUGCCAGCCCGCCCGUCGCCGAGUAUCCCGUAUUCUCGGCGCCCACGUUCGCUGUGCAGCCAGCAGCUGCAGUUCCGGCCGCACCCACCAACCCUGAAGUGCCCGUGAUACCACAGAUUCCGCAGAUUCCGCAGAUACCUCAGAUACCGGAGAUUCCGCAGAUUCCGCAGAUUCCGCAGUUCCCGCAGUUCCCACAGUUCCCAACGUUCCCACAUUUCAGCAUUCCGCAGUUCCCGUUCCCACAGGUGCCGCAGUUCCCACAGGCGCCCGCUGUUCCGGCUGUGCCCGCCACGCCCGCUGCUCCAGCUGUGCCCGCCACGCCGGCCAAUCCCUCGUUGCCCGCGUUUCCGGCUGCGCCCGGCGCACCACCCAAUAGCCAGUUCUUUCCCGCCGCCGUGCAGCCACCGCUGCCCCAGCAGCCGCCCAGCUUUGGGCAGCCGGAGGCGCAGUUUCCGGGCGGCAUAGUGCCACUGCCCGGAUCGACGCCCGUGCAGCCAGAGACGGGCACGGCCAUCGCCUCGCCGCAGAUACCCAAUACGCCGGAGUCGGAGCAGCCCGAGCAGCCGCAGCCCGCCCCACAGCCCACACAGCCUCAGCAGCCGCAGCAGCCCCAGCAGCCGCAGCAGCCCUGGAAGCCGGUCUUCUACCAGCCCCCAGCCACGCCAAGCCGUCCAGCCAUAACCCUAUUGCCGCCCUACGGCAGCGCGCCAGCUGAUGGCUAUCUGCCGCCCGUUAACUCCCAGGCGGCACAGCUGACGGCCGCCAGCUUCGGCCACGGGGCCCAGGACAUUUUCGAUCAGCUCAGCAAUGCCGAGAUCGAGCACAUCUUCGCCCAGGCAAAUCUAGCCCAUCAGCAGCAGCAGCAACAGCAGCAGCAGCAACAGCAGCAACAGCAGCAGCAGCAACAGCAGCAGCAGCAGCAGCAACAGCAGCAGCAGCAACAACAGCAGAGUUAUCAGCCCUACUAA